CAAUGCGACUUCUUUCGAAAGCAUAGCACAGGAUGCACUUCGUCGUUGUAGUUCUACUCUUUGGUACAGCCUCUGGAACCGUCGACUACAAAGGCAGGGCCACCGUGAAAGAUGUCCUAGACUUUUUCAGAAUUGGCCAACCUAUAGCUUUGAUAAGAAGGAGUUAUUCCCGCUACAUUGAUGAAUUCGAGCCACGGUGCAUACAGACUAUAGUAACGAAGAACGAGAACACUUCGCUGUGGUUUAACCAAAGCUACAUAUACGGAAGAAAAAGGGUUGAAGAAACAAUGAUAGCACAUGUUUUGAAGAAACCAGGAUUGGAUUCUGCACCCGUAAUGAUUGUCGAAAGAGCAAAGGAUUCAGAAAACGAACGUCUGCUGAGAAAUGGUGCAAAACAAAGUCGGAACGGACACACACAUAUGUUCAGUAGAGCGCCAGAACAUAAUAAUAGUAUAGAUUACAUGAGCUUUAGGAUUUACGAUUUCGAGUACUACGAUGACAGGGAGAAGUGUGCGGUAAUAACCUUUACGGAAAAGUUAUGUUACACUAAGUGCGAACUUCAUGUGUGGCUGACGGGGGGCUCAGGAGUAUAUCACAACUGCUUGCUAGAGUACGACUACUUAUGCGGACAUCGUAAAUAUUACAACCUUUAUAACUAUCAUGACUGCAAAUUCUAGUGAAGAUGCGAUCCUUAUGUAUUAAUUUAUGGCGGAUCGGCUUUCUGCCUGGGCUUUCAGUGUUCAACAUUAUCUGGAAUGCUGCCCUUUCGAUGCGAAGAAAAACGGACAAAUAAUAAAGUCACAUUUUUUUUU